ACCAAAGGUAUGAGUCAUAUAUGUAUAAUUCAAAAACCGCUGCUGUUACAAUGAAUCACACGUGACUCACUGACGAGAUAACUAGCAGUACGCGCCUCAUUAUCAUCAAACUAAUCGCCUAACCGUGACGUCUGUCGCGUGUGUAGCUGAAGAUCGGAAUUGCAACUCGGAAUAUGCAAUUAGAGGGAGAAACUCGUGUGACGCUUCUUCUCUGAGUGUCGCGUGUAUUCGACGAAGUUUCGCCUUCUCCACCUCCUCCCUCCCCCUUCCAUGCAACAUGCAGCAUGCAGCUGUAACUGCAACUGCAACUCCAACUGCACGGGGAGGGGAGGAGACGAAAUUCCACAGGGCCCAUUUUCCGUGUAGCGCAGCGCAGCGCAGCGAGUCGAGCGGAGCGGAACAGCGCAGCGACUAACACCGCGAUCCGGAAUCUUUUGCAGGCAUCGUCGCCCUACGCAUGACAUCCCUGCAGAUACCGGAGCACGUUGUACUGAAUGAGACGGUGCGCAUGCAGUGCAACUUCAACCUGGACAAAGAGCUAUUGUACUCGGUGAAGUGGUACAAGGACGGCCACGAAUUUUAUCGCUAUGUGCCGAGAGACGCGCCCGUGGUGCUGACGUUCCCGGUGCCCGGUGUGAACGUGAACACGCACGAUUCCACCGAGAGUUCGGUCGUCCUGAACAACGUGAAUCUCACCAGCUCGGGAAGGUAUCGGUGCGAGGUGUCGGCCGAGGCUCCCGCCUUUCAGACCGUCUCUGAUCACGCGGACAUGACCGUGGUCGUUCUACCUAACGAAGGACCGCAGAUAACCGGUGGUCGUUCCAAGUAUCAGGUGGGCGAUGUCGUUCGCAUGGACUGCACGUCGGCACCUUCUAAACCAGCUGCGCUGUUGUCCUGGUUCAUCAACGACGAGCCGGCCGACGCCGACUACCUGAUAGGGCCUCACCUCGACGUCGACAAGAACGGUUUGGAGACCGCGGCGCUCGGUUUGGAGUUCCGCGUCGCGAACAAGCACUUCAGGCGGGGCGACAUGAAGCUAAAGUGCUUGGCCACAAUAGCCACGGUCUAUCUGCAGAGCAACGAGGAGAGCGUGGAAGGUGACGAGAGCGAUCUGAAGACGCCCGCGAUGGAGAGUCGCGAGACCCGGGCGCAGAGUCACACUCGCGAGGACCUGACGAACGGGUCCGCGGAAGCCGCAGUCCAAUGGACAACCCAGCUCGUCGUCGCUGCCGUCGCCGCCACCAUCACCCUGAUCACAACGAUCGUCGUCAUACGAUAAUAACGACGGGCGGACCUUUCUGUUUUUUUUUUCUCACGUUGCUUCCCCUAAUCAUAUUAAACGUUUUAGGAUCAGUUUCA